UAGAUAUUCAAAAUGGUGGAUGCCAAAGACAAUCUUGAAUCUGUCACGUAAGAUAUAUUACCUUCGUUGCGGUUAUAAAACUGAAUAAGGCAACUGAUAAUUGAUAAAGUUUUAACUAGCCGGUCGCCUCGCCGUUACCUCGCGGGCCUAUUAUCCAGCCUCCGAAAAUGAUGCAUGCGAGUCCAGUAGCGGCAGUAGGAGGAAGACCUUUUUAUUAUAAUUGGAUACGACAGAGGGAUUCGUUCUCUCGUCUUUACGAUACCAGCAAUGGAGGACUGACCUACCUCAGGAUCAUCCGAUCUAUUAUAGCUGGUACCUCGACAUUCAUACUGCUGGUUGCUGGUUCUCUCUCAGGAUGCGAGACAAAAGGACCAAUUUCAUUCUAUUCUCUCCCGGCCGCCUCUUCUUGCCUCUUUGUCUACUCUCAGGAUACGACUUCCGGCCGCGACGGUUCCGCUGAAUGGGAUGCGCGUCCUGAAUGAGGGAUUCCCGUGAUAAUGCGCUCUGCUCCUGGUAGACCUCGGAAUCCUUCGUGGCGGAUACCCAAGAUCCGCUUGCUCCUCUUAUUGUCAUAUUCCUCGUUAUUCCCGGGGCUCCUGUUACCGCGUUCCCAGCCCUGAAGCCGCGUGGCCAGCCCAGGGCUGCUCUUUCAUAUUUCUCGAGGUACCCAUAGAUCGAGCUACGGGAUAG